AUGGCUCAGCUUGGGGCGACCACUGUGGUCGCAACAGCGGUUACUUUGCUCGCUCUGUUUGUAUCCAGAUUCCUCACGAACCGAAGACAUGUGAGGAAGCUGCAGGAAGCCAAAGCACCAAUGCCGGCGUACCAUCCAGUCUUUGGUCACUUGGUCGCGGUAAAGAAAGCCAUGCAGAAUCUGCCACGAAAUGUCACCACGCACGUCAUGGUGCGGGUGAUAGCAAAGCAGUUUCCCAAGGGCAUCUUCUAUCUCAAUCUAUGGCCUUUUAACAAGACUCUCAUGGUUGUCGCCAAUCCAUACACCGCAGCCCAGAUUGAGGCUGCCUUUCUCGACAAGCCGCAAGUCAUAACUGACACAUUGGAGGUUAUUAUGGGCGGGCCUUCACUGAUGACGAUGCAUGGAGGCACCUGGAAAAAAUGGCGUGCACUCUUCAACCCAGGAUUUGCCCCCAACUACAUUACGAGGCUUGCUCCAGCGAUUGCGGACGAAACCGCAGUCUUGUGCCAGUUGCUGCAUGAUGCUGCGAGGCAGGGGGAUAUGUUCCAGCUGGAAGAAUAUACAUUACGCCUAACAUUUGACAUAAUCAGCCAGGUAACUCUCGGUUCUCGCCUGCACUACCAGACUCAAGGAAGUGUUCUAGCGGAUGGCGUGCGGCGACAGGUUUAUUGGACGCCGUUUGCAACGUCAUUCAAUCCAUUUCGCCGCUUUCUCAGUCCUCGCCCCUUGAUACAAAAAUAUACCAGUUUCUGCAUAGAUCGCUACCUCAGCGGUGAGAUCGACAAGAGGUUUGAUGAGCUAGUACAGUCUCGUCGAGACCCUGCAAAGCAUAUACAAGCUAGAUCUGUGCUUUCCUUAGUCAUGGAUGAGUAUCUGAAGGACGUGAGUGAUACAAAAGAGCUUUCAAGAGAAGCCUUUAAACAACUCGUAAUACCACAACUUCGUUUGUUCCUUUACGCUGGACAUGAUACGACUAGCAGUACCCUGUUGUACUGCUACUAUCUCCUCUUCCAGCAUCCGGAUAUCCUGGAAAAGGUCCGAAGUGAGCACGAUACCGUCUUUGGAUCCGACUUUUCCAUAGAGCAUAUUCAACAGGAAGUGACCAGAGAUGCAACUCAGUUUAACAAAAUCCCAUACACCCAAGCAGUCAUCAAAGAAGUGCUUCGCCUUUUCCCGCCCGGCGCAAGCAUUCGCGACGGUCGCUCUGACCUGAUAUUGACAGAUGAGGAUGGUAAACAAUACCCCACUGAAGAUUGUUACAUAUGGACUCUCAAUCUAGUCAUGCACCACAGCCCCGAGGUCUUUGCAAAGCCUGAUGAGUUUAUACCAGAUCGAUGGCUAGUAGAGCCUCACGAUCCUCUUUACCCCAAAAAGGGAUCUUGGAGAGCAUUUGAAUGGGGCCCACGUGCCUGCAUCGGACAGACACUUGCACAGUUGGAACUCAAGGUGGUGCUAGUCAUGACGCUCAGGAUGUUUGACAUCAAUGUUGCGUACGCUGAAUGGGACAAGAAGCAUGCAAAGAAGGGCAUCACCACCGUGGAAGGAAACCGAGUAUACCAGGCGGAGAUGGGAGGUGCUGGCUCUCAUCCCGUUGACGGGUUUCCAGUAAAGAUUACAUUGAGGGCAUAG